UUAGUGUGACACGCAAACCCCCUCGCUACGUCAAGCUGCGCACAUUUGCAUUGCUUCCACGCAGGGUGGAAGUGAAGUGCGCGGUCUUGAAGCCAGCCAGGCAGUAGAAGUCGUUUACCAGGUUCUUCUUUUUCACCCCCAAAGCCUACAGGAGUUCAGAAGAUAUCGGACACACGGCGGAAACUCGCACUCAAAGUGCACCUGUUUUGUUUUACGUUACUUGUUAUAAAGUGACUGUCAGCUUGAAACCGCGGCUGUUUAGCUGGAUGGGCUAACGUCAGUGAUGAUAAUGAACUGCUAUGCAUUGUCGGACAAUCAGCUAGUGUUACUCCGGCUAAUGCCCCUCUAGCUACUUUGCUGUCACUGACGAAACUCCGUGCGCCGACGACAUGAGAGGACUGCAGAACUUUUUGUCUGCUAGACAUUUAUUUGCUGGAAUUUUUUCACUAUGGACAGCGAACGCAGCAAUUGCAGGCCCCAGAUUGGAGACAAUAGCAAGCUAACUCAGCUAGCAAGCCGCCGUUGCUGCUAAACUCGCUAAAGGCGAGAGAGGUCUGGAGAGGCACAGAAACGUCGGGGUGCCUGCACCAUGGAUCAGUUGGAUGUGACCGACCAAAUCGCCACAGCACGUAACCAACCUCCUUUCCACAACCAAGAUCUGAUCGUGACCGACCACGACUUUCCACCCGAGCGGUCCGGCUCCAACGUGAUGUCUUCCCAAUCCAAAUGGGUAAACAGCGGCACUGAGGACACCGACCGUAUCGUGACCGAUGAUGGGCUCACUAAUGGCACUUGUGAAGUUGAGACUAUGGUAGCAUUAUAUUGCCCUGGCAACAGUGGAAAUGUCACCGCUGAGGGCGACAGGCUUGCACUUAGCAACGAAGGCAUGUCUGAGUUUUCAAACAGUGACCUCUCUCUGCCCGAGGUGUGUAUUUCCACCAACAGCAAUAGUUUUGAGGACGAUAUGAACUAUGAGGUCCAACAAGCUUAUAGGAUAUUCACAGGCUUUCUCUCGGACAAGCACAAAGGGAUCACCAGCCCCUUCCUCCAUCCUGUCUGCCACCAGGAGGCCCAGCAUGGUAUUGGAGGGGUACGUGGUUUGGGUCAGGCACAACUCAGGCAGUCGAUGUGCUUGCGAAGGAUGGAGGAGAAGUUUAUGAACCAGGAGUAUGACACCAUAACAGAGUUUGUUGCGGACUUCAGGCUGAUGUUGGAGAACAGUUAUCGCUACCAUGGAGUGGACCACUGGAUCUCCAAACAGGCUCAAAAGCUGGAAAUCAUGCUGGAGCAGAAGCUUACUUUGCUCUCCAGGACGCUGCGAGAGAAGACAACUUUGACAGUGACCUCCAAAGGACGUUUUGGUGCAGAGGAGGAACGGGGUUCGGGGGGGACGUCAACGAGGAGGAGGCUGGCCCCUCGUAGCCUGACUACCAUCACUGUCGGUGGGCAUGAGUCCAUCAUGGUUCAGGCCUUACGGCUGGAAGAACAGCAGAGGGCAAAAGAGGAGAAGAGGCAACGUGAGCUUGAGAAGAAAGAAGCAGAGGAAAUGUCAGCCAAAGAGGUGGAAGAGUGGGAACAGACUUUGCUGUCACAGGCCGCCCCUCACACCGUGGACACACUUUGGGAACUCCCCGCUAUAGGGCACUUCCUUUGUCUUGCCCAGACUGCGCUUAACCUCCCAGAGAUUGUAUUUUUUGAUCUUGAGCGUUGUUUGCUGAUGCCCCGCUGCAGCCUCCUCCUGUCCAAAAUCAUGUCUUCCCUGCUGUCCCCGUCCCAGCGGAGGGCCACUCUGCACCGCCGGCCUGUGCUGCUUUAUCGCCGCUGGGAAUCAGAACUCAGGCAGCGAGUCAUGGGGUGGUAUCGAGCUGUUGGUGCCUCGCAUGAUCAGCCGGGUCGGGCCGAGCAGCUGGGACUCUGCCACCAGUUUUUCCGUAUUCUCGGGGAGGCGAGUCCCUUGGAGGAGAAACCCUUUCAUUUGCUGCCCUUCUACCAGCGCGUAUGGCUUCUGAAGGGGCUGUGCGAUCAUGUGUAUCAGACGCAGAAAUAUGUGCAGGAUGCCCUCCUGGCCCAACCCAUCCAUGAAUGUAGGGAGUCCAUUUUAGGCUAUGACGGCAUGGAGAAUUGCUACAUACACUUCCCGCAUUUUUGUGGGGCAGACCUGAGAAUCUACUGCCAGAGCCCCGGCUCACCCCCGGUUUUCCCUUUCCCCUCUGUGUGGGUGAAAAGAGUUGAUAUAGAGCCAGGGACCGAGGGCGACGAGUCUGAUGGAACGAAGGAAGAGGGGGUCAUGAGGGCCAGAGGGUGUUGUGAAGUCUCAAUGGACACAGGAGAGACUGAUGGUUUUGGGACGGGGAGAGAAGAGACACUUGGGGGUGUCAAAGGGGAAAAAAUGGAAGUUGAGAAAUCAUGGUCACUUAAGAAGGAGGAGGAGUCUGAAUCCGGGUCCUCUGAUGGAGACUUGUGUGAAAAAAUACACACUAACUCCUUUUCAUACACUAGUGCUGUCGGCGGAAGUGACGGGGAACUGAAUUUGAAAGAAGAGACUGUAGAGUUGGAGCAUCAAUCCAAGCGACUCCCUUUAAAGCGGGAUAAGGGCUUCUCGCCGAGCUCAAUGCGCACCAUUAAAGCGGAGACACAGGAGCCCUGUCUGAGUGUUGGAGAGCACAGCUACACGGGCAGAUCACCUGCUCGCUUAGUGAAUCUCGCCUCUCCAAACAAACCAGUCCAAAUGGAGGGAGGAAGUCCCAGUCAACCAAAUCAAACGUCUCCCGGUUUGGAUUGUUGUAAAAGCAAAAAUGUUGAGCAUGAAAGCUGCUGUGGCACAUCGGGGCAAGCAACACGGUUGUCUUCUGAGAGUUCUCAGAACUCGAGUGAAGAGGGUCUGAAUGACAAAAUCUGCCCCCCCCCAAAGAAGCGGAAGAAAAAGCGCGAGAGGGGGAGAGGAAAGGGCAAUCCGCUCCAGCACGUUGAAGGGCUGAGGUCGCCCUCGGCUGAGACUACCAAGUCUGCAGUGCGGAGAGUUACAGGAACAUUCAAGAGAAAAGAUAAGAAAAAACAUAAAACAGGAAGAAAGCUUGAAUCUUCAAAGGAAAUUAAAGAUGAUGGAACUUCAGUUGAGCCGUCAUUUAAGUUGGUAUGCACCAGUCUUGAGGACUUACGGAAGCUGAUCAACAAGACAGAAGAUGAGCUCAAUGACCUGGAGAGCAUCAAAAAGAGAUUGGGUCGGUGGUAUUAUAGGAAGGAAGCAGUGAAAGACCUCCACAGCACUCUGAUCAGACUACUGAAUGAGCUUUCACCCUGGGAACCCAAACUCGUUAAGGCCUGCCAGAGGAACAGGCUUCGUUUGAAGAAGGAGUGUGAUGAUUUCAAGAAGCAUCCGGAAUACAAUAACUUUGUGCGUGAAGAGAGUAUUUCAUCAUCGUCUUCCUCUGACGUAGAGGAUGAAGAGAGGGGUUUGGGAGAAGAGGUGUAUUCAUUCCCGGACCGCUAUGGGCGAUCAGCGGAGGAGGACCUGGAACACAUGGUUCCCAGAGGUCUUUGGAGUGGAGGAAACACCACAGAUUUUGUGGCUGGAGAGUCUGCUGGAGAGAGAACAGUGAACUAUAAGGCUCAAACCCACAUAAAACCACCUCUGGUUAACUUUGAGAAACACGUCGGUCUGCUGCAAACAAGUCCCACCGGCAGCAGUAACAUUACGUCGAACCCUGACGAAGUGAGACCAUCAAAUCAAUCAAGGGAUUUGGACUUGGCGUGGGCAGCCAAAGUGACCGCCCAGGCUCCCCUGUCACCCAGGAGCCCCAUCCUCCACCCCACCACUGGACUACCUAAGGGCUACACGCCCAUCCCCACCCUGCUAGCUAAGAGCGUGGGGAAUAAAGUGACCUUAAUGAAACGACCUGCUGAUUAUACAGGGAUCAACAUCAUAGAUAGACGGAGCAAAGGGUCUUCGGUCUCCCCGCCUACCUCUACAGUGAAUGCUCCGAAACUUUCAAAAGCACAAAACUCUUCGUCAAGUCCCGAGCAGAACUCCCAACAAACACAGGCACUAGGACAACGACAACAAACGGAAGUCCCGAGACAGCCAGGGGUGGCUACAGGGACAGCAGCCCCUCCUAAAUCACCUCAAACAAAAACUACCAAAACUGUAACAAAUAACCCCGUCCAAAUGGUGUACAAAGUACCCGAGGGGCUUGGUCUCCUUCGGAAAAACAGCAGCAGCAGCAGCCCCGUCAGGUUUUCUGUUCAUCCCGUCGUGGACCAGAACACCGGGGAGAAGGUUAUGCAGCAAUUGGUGAUUCUGCCUUCCAACCUUCUCGUCCACAAACCUGAAGAAAAUGGGCCUCCUCUACAUCCACAGUCUAAGGUCCCCCCGUUCCCAGCUUCCAAAGUGGCCAGCCCCUUCUGUAUGUCCACCAAUGUGCCUGGCUUCACUAUUUCCGAAAACAGAAUCCCUGUUCAGCAAGUGGCCCCCCUAAAAGACGCCAGGACAGUGAGGACAACCUCUCCGUCUGUUUCCCCUCGCCUGCAACACGGGGCCCUGAAGGGGCCACAAGCCUGCAGUCCCCAAGCUAGCACACCACAGGGUGUCACGGCCAAACCCCCGCCCAGUGCGGUUCCCGCUGAGCCUGUUAAAUCUCCAGCCCCCAAGCAGGAGCUUAAGACCGUGUGUAUCCGUGACUCGCAGUCCAUCCUGGUAACAACCAGAGGAGGCAACACGGCCAUCGUCAAAGUCCAGACGUCCUCAGACCAGAAUGCCCUUGGUUCUUCGCCCGCCAGUCCGGUCAUCACCAUCUCGCCUCAGCUGAAAGCCUUCCUCGUCUCCAAGACAUCACAGACUGUCUCUCCUUCUGCUUCCUCUCCGACCUCCGCCUACAACUUCCCAGCAGUGACGGGUAUCUCUGUGGCCCAGCCUCCGCUCCCUUCACUGUUAAAGUCCCCUUCCAGUCUCUCAAAUCCAAUGCUUGCUGCAGUCUCUGGCAGCGUGCCUGUUAGAGGCCCAGGAAGCCGGGCUGCAGACACUACUGUGGCCACACACAGUCGAGUCUCCACCACCUCUGUCGUUUCGACAGAUGCGACAAAUAUCGGCCAGCUUGCGCACACCGCUUGUUCUCGUUUUCAAGCUCCUUUAGGUAAUAACACUGUCGCCCCAUCACUGAGCAGUUUGGGUGUUCCCAAACUGGCAGAGUGCAUCGGCAAGACCGGUACAGAGGAGAGAUCCCAGGUCACUAAAUUCAUCCUUGUUACUCCCACUUCUUCGUCCGCUUCAAAUGUAGCCUCAUCAAAGAGACCACCGUCUUACACAAAAUCCCUUCCUAGUUCAAGAGUUAUGUUUUUUAGCCAGCCACCGGCAACGGCAUCCACCACCUCCGUGGGAAGCACUCCAAAACAGGCGACAGCGGUCAGUGGACAGCUGCUUGCCAGUUCAUUAUCCAGUCAGACUCUGAAGAUGGGAUUCAGCCCGGACCAACCUGUCGUCAGCGCAGAAGCAUUGUCCAAGUUCAAGAACAUCACGCUGUCCUCAGGCACUCAAAUCCAGUUGUCCGGGACAACCACAACCAUUGGACAGACAAUAGGUGCCUUGUCACGUUCUCCUUCCAAAAGCACGCCUGUGUCAGCCUCCGAUACAGCCGCCACCGCCGGUCUGGUCCCGCUUACAAGUUCAAAUACCAUCACAUGCUGUUCUUCCCAACUUGCCUCUAACUCUUUGAUCACCAGCUGUCAGCUCAAAGGUAUCUCUUCCUUCUCCACGAUCUCCCAACCAGGCACUUCCACGUCUGCUGCUUCCGUCCCUGUGCGAGCAGGAAAUGUGAUCAACAAGGAACUUUGUAAUUCGGCUUCGAGGAUACUGUCCAGCAACUCUCCUGCUCAGGGAACCACUACUGUGCAGAGCAGCCCAGCGCAGAGCUCCACACCCACCCUCGUCCAUCAUCCUUUAAAUAUCCAAAGCGGCACCAGGGGGGAAGUCACUUCCUCUUUAUCACCCUCCCAACUAGCUCUCAGUAAAACCCGUACAGCCAUCUCCCCUGCAACCACCAAUGUCACCACUUCUGCUCCCGGGACAGUCCAGCAGAGAAUAGUCAUCAACACCUCUACGCCUCUGGCUGCUGGCACGCAGAUUGUCCUCCACAAUGCGCGUUUUGUAGUCCCGCCACAGGGUCUGGCUCCAGGCAGCCACGUCCUCAUCAUCUCUAGCCCUGCGCCACAACAAGUGCCUAUCGCCAGUGCUACCAGCGCUGGUGCAUCAGUACCUCCCCAAGGGUCAAGUCACGUCACUGUAGCCCCACAAGCCCCAGUUCUACCCCAAUCGCCGGCCAGGAUGCCUGGGGUGCCGGUUAUAAGUUCUCCUUUUGUAGCAUGCACACCUGCCGUAGGUCCGUCGUUGCUAGCAACCACUCCAAAUGUCACACCUGUCGGACUUUCCGGAGCGCAGGGCCUGUGCUCAACGUGGUCUCCCAGUAAAACUAAUGUAGUGUCCGCUCUGCCCAGGCUGCCAGCUACGCAGGCUUGUAACUUUGCGUCCCCGCCAAGGUUGUCGAGCAGCGCACCCGCCCUCGACCCCCCGGCAGUGACCUCUGCCGCGCCGGCUAAAUGUUCACCCACCAUUUCGCCAGCGGCAGCGCCCCCCUUGUCCAGAUCAUCAGCACCGCUAUCGCCCUCGCCCGCUCUAUCCAGCCCGUUGGCUAUCGCCCUGCCCAGCGCCGUCAUGCCACCCCUCACUUUGACACAUCAAAACGCUGCAUCUGUCCAAAAACACACUGUGGCGGUCCCAACGAUUGUAACUGCAGUGUCAAGGAUGCAGACGCUGCCCGUUGCUACUGUUCCGCCAAUCGGAAGCACUUUCAACGCAGCUGAAACGGCACCUUCCUCCAGCAGCAGCAGCAGCGUUGCCUUCGCGUCACCUAGGACGAACGACGCGUCCCACCCGCCUGUCGUUAUGAUCAAUCAAGCGCCUGGAAAGCACUGUCUGCAGACCUCAUCCCCACGCGGGCAUUCCGACGCGGCGUCCAAGCUGCUCGUUGGCUCUGAUGGCGCCGUUUCGGACGCAAUUCAGUGCCGGGUCAAUCCAGCGGCCUGCCCCAAACCGCUGGAUGCACUAAUAGUUUUCCCCAACAGUCCCAGCGGAGCGUUACACCAACAUGAUUCCUCUUUACAGCCUUCGCAGGCCGACAGAACGUGUACCAAGUAACAAAGGCUGUGAGGACUGGGACCACUCGGCUGCUUACUGUAUCCAGGGCUCAUUUCCAUUGCUUGUAGUAAGAACUACUAACUUACAUUUAGGAUGCAGUGGGUUACACCCUUUGAGCGUGGUUAUAUCUUAUCGGGAAACCAAUCAGACAUACUGGAAAUGUAUACUGUGAUGGUUUUUCUCAAGUGACAACUGUUGAAGUUAAUCUCAGAUGAAUGUGAUAGAUUCUUGACUUGAUUUUUUUUUUUUUGUGGCCAGUAAUGAAACGUUUAAACGAAUGGUUAGAAUGCAAUGGUAGGUAAGAAGGAAGUUCAGCUCAAAAUUUCUAAAAUACUUUUCCAUAUCAUUAAAUACUUGUAAGAAGUAGGAAUUGGGAUACUAUUCAUUGGUAGUACUUGCUCUGCUUUGUCUGUUUGAGACGUAGAACUACAUACAGAUCCAUGUUCUUUUUUUCAACUAGUAACUGUUUUAAAACUACAUUUUACUUUUUAUAAAUAUAAGUAAUAAUUGUGUUUGUACUACAUGUUUGAGCUCUCAUAAAAUGUUUUGACGUCGCAUUUAUUUAUUUUUACCAUAUAGAUUUUUCAAAAAUAUUUACUAGGUACAUUUUCAUUGAAAGAAAAUGUGGACAUGCAUGGGAAUAAACGAUGCGACUGUC